AUGUCUCCAGCUUCUACUACACUCGACCCACACACGGAUGAGAAGACCGUCGAGGAGCUCCGCAUCGAGGAGCUCCUCGCUCAAGCCGAGAAGGGCACUGAGGCCGAGCACAACAUGACUCUCAUGGCCGCUCUCCGCAAGUACCCCAAGGCCGCUGCUUGGUCAAUGGCCCUCUCGAUCGCCGUCAUCAUGGAGGGCUACGACUUGACCUUGCUUGGUAACUUCUACGCCUACCCAAGCUUCCGCAAGCGCUUCGGCACCCACUACAUCAACGACAAGGGCGAGGAUGACUGGCAAGUCCCUGCCCGCUGGAUGGCGGGUAUCGGCAACGCCGGAGCUGCCAACGGUAUCCUUGCCGAGCGCUACGGUUACAAACGCACCUUGUUCUGGACUCUCAUCUGGUUCAGCGGCGCCGUCUUCCUCUUCUUCUUUGCCAACAGCCUCGAGAUGAUCAUGGGUGGCCAGGUCAUUGCCGGAUUCGCGUGGGGUAUCUUCCAGACGCUCACUACGACUUAUGCUGCGGAGGUGGCCCCUCUGCCUCUUCGCGGUAUCCUCACCACCUGGGUUAACGCAUGCUGGGGUAUUGGCCAGCUCAUUGGUGUUGGUCUCCUCCGCGGUCUCCUGCACCGUACAGACGAGUGGGGAUGGCGCAUUCCCUACGGUCUCCAGUGGUUCUGGCCGGUUCCCCUCAUCAUCAUCGCUGUCACCUGUCCCGAGUCCCCCUGGUGGCUCGUUCGCAAGGGCCGUGUCGAGGACGCACGCCACUCGCUUGGUCGCCUCUACUCUGGUGACAGCGGCGAGGAGAUUGACAACACUGUCGCCAUGAUUGAGCACACGAUCGCCAUGGAGCGCGCCACUAGCUCUACUGCCAGCUACGUCGACCUGUUCCGCCGCAAGAACAUCAGGCGUACCGAGGUUGUCUUUGGUGCCUGGGCUGUUCAGCAGCUUUGUGGAUCGGCGUUUAUGGGAUACUGCACUUAUUUCCUUGAGCAAGCCGGUCUCUCCACUGAGAACGCCUUCUCGAUGACCAUGGGCCAGCACGCCAUCAACACCGGUGGAACCUUCAUCGCCUGGGCGUUCAUGGGCGCUGGUGUCGGUCGCCGUACACUCUACCUCUAUGGCUGCCUGUGGAUGGGCUCCGUUCUGCUCAUUAUCGGUGGCGUUUCCACCAUUCACACUACCGCCGCGUCUUGGGCUGCCGGCGUCAUGCUUCUCAUGUGGAGUGUUGCCUACCAGUUCACUGUUGGCACCGUCUGCUACUCGCUCGUGGCUGAGAUCCCGUCGCGUCGCCUCGCCAUCAAGUCCAUCAACCUCGGCCGCGCCUUCUACAGUGUUAUUGGCAUUAUCAACGGCUCGUACAUGGCCUACAUGCUCAACCCGACCGCUUGGAACUGGGGCGGCAAGACUGCCUUCUACUGGGCUGGCAUGGCCUUCCUCUGCACCAUCUGGAUCUACUUCCGCCUCCCCGAGCCUCGCGGUCUCACCUACCAGGAGAUCAACGCUCGCUUCGACGCCGGAGUGCCUGCUCGCCAGUUCCAGACUGUCGACAUGGACAUCUUUGAGCGCAACGACAAGACUCUUGCCGCUGGCAACAUCGCUAUUGACAACAAGCACGAGACCGUGCACAAGGAGGUCGUCGUCUAA